AUGACUCAACAAGCUAAUAUCGGAUUACCAAAUCGACCGUUCCGUAUUUCGAACGUAUCUCCUUCAGCAAAUAUUUUUGAAGAUGAUCAAUACAUGGCUAAUCUUAUCGAUCAACAUUUAGCUUUAAGUUCCUCUGGAAGAUCACGCAAAGUGUCGACGAUCAGCCAGCCUAUUCUUACUGAAGACAUUUCGUUAUUCAAUAACGCAGGCUUUCUUCCUCAUCAAAUUCGUCGUUCAGAAACUUCAUAUCCGUAUGCAUAUAAACCAUCCGGAAAUCUCCAAGCAAAGUCAGGUGUUCAGUUACGAAACACUUCUACGUGUACGGAUGACUUCCACGAAGAAUUACCAAUUAACAUAAAUCAUCUACGUCGUCAACAAACCAAAGGAAUUAAGAAAACAAUCAAAUCGAUUUCAAAAACACGUGUGCUGGAUCCGUGUGCACAAUCAAUGGAAAGUGCUGUUCAACUCGAUCAUUGUCAACGUUUAGCUGCACCACACCCAAUUAGAUAUAAAAUUUCNUCGUAG